AUAAAAAUCUUUUUGUAUUGGUCUUUAUGCAUAUCAGCAGCCGUUUACACCUUAAUCAAACAAAUUAGUGGUGCUCAAAAAGCAUCAUCAGUCGUGAGAAAAACAUUCCACAUCUUAGCAGUUUUAAUUUAUGUACCGGGAUUAUUAGCGGAAUGUUCGAUUCUUUAUUUAGCAAGUGGGGUCGUUUUGGGACUUUUUAUAGGAAUCGAAACGACUCGUUUGAUAAGGUUACCUCAAGUGGUAACUUUCCUCGAAGAUGGUUUUUCCGUUUUUCGCGAUGAAAAAGACAUUGGAUCCGUCGCUUUAACACCAAUGUAUUUAUUAGCGGGGGUUUCAUUUCCGAUUUGGAUACAUCCUUCUCCGUGCGAUAUGACAAAUUCAGCUGGAUUUAAUUUAUUACCGCUUUUAAGUGGGAUUUUAUCAAUUGGUGUUGGAGAUUCGGCCGCUAGUUAUUUGGGUGCAUGGAUUGGUAAACAUAAAUGGAAAGGGUCAUUUAAAACGAUUGAAGGGACGAUGGGUUGUGUUUUAAGUCAAGUAUUAUUUAUCUACCUCUUAAUGCAUUUGGGUUAUGUUGAUAUGCAUUUAAAUACAUUGAUAAAAGUUGGAUUGGCGAUAACUGUAACGUCUGUUGUUGAGGCAAAAACGACUCAAGUUGAUAAUUUGGUUCUUCCCAUGGUGAUGUAUUUAAUGCUGGUUUAAAAAAUUUGACAUAGAAUGGAUUUUUUGAUCCCGUUAAAAUGUAUUGACUGAUAAAUACCAAAAACAAGGACUUAUUUAUUUUUAGGGUGGUUUUAACGUAUUUAUUGAGUACUUUAAUAAGUAAUUAAUUAAGGGAAUUUGAUAUGGAUCGAAUAAUUGAGUUGCGAAUCAAUUUAAUCAAAUUUAUUAAAUAAAUUAAUCUAUUUACAUUAAAAUUAAAAAUAUCAGGGUA